AUGGCCGAGGAAGAAUUGUGCUUUGGUGUUGAGGAAGGUGUCAAUGUAGAUGAGUGUGAAGGGAGUUAUGAAAGGAUGGGUCGACCAGUAUACAGUGUCAAACUGUUCGACAAAGAGGUAGUCGUCAUUAGUUCGCACAAAAUAAUGCUUGAAACAUUGGCCAAGAAAAAUUCUGGCAUUGAUGUUGCUGGUAGACCAAACGACUUUAUCACGUGGGACAUAGCGACAUAUGGCUAUAAGGAUAUCGGAUUUGCAGAUUACACGCACAAAUUGAAAACACAUAGAAGAAUUGCAACGAAAUCGUUAAAGGUCAUCGGAGAGCAAGAGUGGACGACUAUCAUCUCGAAUGAAAUUACACAACUUCUUGAUCGUUUUAAACAGAAAGACGACAAAGCCUUCGACCCCCACGCUGACUUAGUUAUGGUGUCCUUCAAUACGCUGUGUAAACUAAUCAUUUCUAAAACCUAUCAAUUUGAUGAUCCUGAAUUUCAGCGUUUCCUGGAAUGGAAUGAGACUAUGUUCACAGAGAUUGCUGGAAACCCAGCAGAUUUCGCGAGAUGGCUGUCACCUUUGGUCUAUUCCAGGCUGACCAACUUAAGAAGGAUAUCUGAAUUAAGGUACCAGUUUAUGAAGAAGAAGCUGACAUACAUUAUUCAAAGUUUUGAUAAGUCGAAAAAAAUACGGAAUAUGAUUGACCAGAUAAUUUUAGAAAGAGAACGUCUGGAAAAUAAAGCAAACCCUGACAUGACAGCUGAAGACGUAUACAGUGAAGAUCACAUCAUACAGUUAACAAUGGACCUUGUAUGCGUAGGUUCUGAAACUGUUGUCGCUUUAAUAAAAUGGUUUAUGAUUCAAGUGAUGCAUAAUCCAGAUAUCCAGACGAAGAUACACAGCGAGCUAGAUAAGGUUGUUGGCAGAGACGGUAUGGUGAUGUAUAACGAUAGAGAAAAGAUGCCAUACUUAGAUGCUGCCAUCUGGGAAACAUUACGUUACCCGUCAAUUACCCCGUUGUCGGUCCCCCAUCGUGCGAUUCGGAAUACAAGUAUAGCAGGCUACGACAUCCCAAUGGAUACCUUGGUUAUGGUCAACGAUUAUGCCAUAGGAUGCGAUCCAGAUGUCUUUGAUGAACCAUUCAAAUUCAAACCCGAACGAUUUAUUGAUUGUGAAAGCGGGUGCUUGAUUCCGUAUUCCAAGAUGAAUUUUGCCCCAUUUGGUAAAGGUCCUCGAUCUUGUUUGGGAGAAAAGCUAGCUCAGAUAGAGAGCUUUGUGGUUAUCGGCAAUAUCAUGAAUCAGUUUGAGGUCCAUAUACCCGAAGGAAGUGCUAAGCCACCUCUAAUUGGCGUGUUAGGCUUAUCUCACAACCCAGAACAUUUUCGCGUAACCUUGAAAGCCCGUAAGAGCUAA